AGUGUGUCAUGGCCUCCGGAUGGUCCGUAAGAAUCAAAGUGGAAAAUCGCCAAAAAAAUCACGAAAAAGUGACCCUGAUGCGUCCCACAGUAAUGUGAUGUUUACUUCUUACUCAACAACAUCUGUUCAUAAACGAAAUUUGUGUAUAGUUUCUUUUCCCAUAAUAUUUUUAUUUAACGUUUUACGUUCUCUUCUUUAUCAAAUUUUUGUUAUCUUACGUUUUGUUUACUGCAGUUCUUCCACUUAUUUUGUUCGUCAUCAGAUAGCUGAUUGUGAGAAUGGUGAAAGGAAUAAUUGUGUAGUUAUCGAAGAAGUUUCUGAAAUGGCACAAGCAAAAAGUACAGGUCCGGGUCCAGGUGAUCCUUUGUUAGCUAAACAAAAACACCAUCACAGAAGAGCCUUUGAAUAUAUUUCUAGAGCCUUGAAAAUCGACGAGGAAAACGAAGGUCAGAAAGAGCUUGCUAUUGAUUUGUACCGUAAGGGAAUCACAGAACUAGAGCUGGGUAUUGCAGUACAAUGUUGGGGUGGCCGGGGAGAAGUUUGGGAGAGAGCUCAAAGAUUGCAUGAAAAAAUGAAGACAAACCUAGCCAUGGCCAAGGACAGAUUACAGUUUUUAGAAAGCAUGGAUAGGUUACAUAAUUUGGAAGUAAAUCAACCCCAGGACACCCCUAAAUACUCAUGCAAUAUCCCUGCACCCAAAACUAAUGUCUCUAAACCAGGUACAAAUCCUACACAAUUUAGCAAGCUUUUUGGCUCUUUAACUGCUUUGCUGGAUAACACAACUUCAGGAAAAAAACUAACGGUAGCUAGCAAACGUCCCGCAAAUUCUCCAUUAUCGAAAAGUUUAACAUUACCGCGAUCGAUGGGUUCUCGUAACACUCCAGUUCAACCAGUGCGUCCAUUCAACAAGAUAUCAUCAACCCCGCCGGCCGUCAAAAAACAGUUGUCUGUUCCAGGAAACGCCGGAUCUCCGGCCAGAAAAGUCAACAGUGGAAACAACAUCAAUGGAGCUGCCGGUACAAGUAAGCAAGGACAACGAGUCAGAUCACCAUCGCUUCGCGGGGUGGAUCCGAAGCUAGCUCAUGCCAUUCUAGACGAAAUAGUAGAAGGAGGACCGGCAAUCCAGUGGGAAGAUAUUGUCGGCCAAGAUAAUGCCAAACAGGCUCUUCAAGAAAUGGUAAUCUUGCCUUCUUUACGACCCGAAUUAUUUACAGGACUGAGAACACCCGCGAGAGGUUUGUUACUGUUUGGACCUCCAGGCAAUGGAAAGACGUUGCUCGCCAGAGCGGUAGCUACUGAGUGUCAGGCCACAUUUUUCUCAAUUAGUGCAGCGAGUUUGACAUCAAAAUACGUCGGAGACGGAGAAAAAAUGGUGCGUGCGUUAUUUGCGAUCGCUAGAGAACUCCAGCCUUCCAUUAUUUUUAUAGAUGAAGUAGAUUCUUUGUUAUCGGAAAGAUCAAAUAAUGAACAUGAAGCUAGUAGGAGAUUGAAAACGGAAUUUUUGGUGGAGUUUGAUGGAUUACCUAGUAAUCCAGAAAGUGAAAAGGUGCUCGUGAUGGCAGCAACAAACAGACCGCAAGAGUUAGACGAAGCCGCGCUUCGGCGAUUUCCGAAGAGGGUCUAUGUGAGCUUGCCCAAUUUAGAAACAAGAGCUAAGCUGCUUAAGAAAUUAUUGGCAAAACAGGGUUGUACAUUAACGCAACAAGAAUUAAAAAGGUUGGCGACAUUGACUGAAGGUUACUCAGGUAGUGAUCUGACUGCUCUUGCCAAAGAUGCCGCCCUCGGUCCCAUUAGGGAAUUACAGCCGGAACAAGUUAAACAAAUGGAUCCAAACGCUGUCAGAAGCAUAACAAUAAACGACUUUUUGGAUUCGCUAAAACGUAUUAGACGUAGCGUGUCACCGCAGAGCCUUGUAGCUUAUGAGAAGUGGUCGUUACAAUAUGGCGAUGUUUCUAUAUAAAGAAGUCACAUUCCUUUGAUAUUCACAACAAAAAGACAGUUAUUUUAAAAGAUCUCACGCUACAUAUUUGGGAGUUUUUAACGCAAAAUUAUAAUUAACAUUAUUUUGUGUUGCAUCAGAAUAUUAGUUCAUUUCAAUACUAGAUUGUAUCUCAUAUCAUAACUAAUCCACCUAGUGCAUGUACCUGUAUAGUUUUGGUUUUAGUAGAACUGGAAACAGCUUCUAUUCUAUUUACAUCUGAAACACUUACCUAAGAUUUCACACAUUUCAACAAAUUAUCCACCGUAAUGAACUUUUCUUUGGAACAAAAAAAAAACUUUAUUCAGGGAAACGAAAGUAUAAACCUUAAGUUUCUUUUAAGGUUCACAAUGUAGGAGUUCUGGCUUUAUACUUCAUCUUUUUCAAGACCAUAUAUUUUUUCAUUAAAUCUUGAAGCUACGGAGCCAUUUAUUCCUUUUAUACGAUUGUUUUACGGUUUUAUGUUAGCGAGGUAGGAACAUUUUUGAAAGAUACUAUUCGGCCAGUGCCGAAUAUUUAUACUCAUUAGCAACUCCACCCGUUAAGAGGAGCAUGGUGGAAAGUCUAUACAAUAGUACUUUCACAUUCAACCUCCACUGCCUCUUGUCUAUUGUAUUUACUCUACUACUCUGCUCCAAAACUGCAACAUGUUUGUUGCGUUUUUCCGUUAACUCUACAUUUUUUUUCUCUGAUCACUGUAGCAAUGGAGCAUUUACAAGUUUCCAAUCUUUCCCGUUAUGGAUCACCAAUCAGUUUCACCAGCACAUUCACUGUAAUCCUGUCACCUAUUUAUUUGAAGAGAAUUUUAAUUUUUUAUAGGGCUCAAUUCUAAUUUUGCUUUUUCUCUACUAUAUAUUUUUUACCUUAAAAUAUCUCCAUAAUUGUUCCUAUAAUUUAUUUUUUCUCUUUCUACUUGACUAGUGUUUAUUCUAAUGAUGGGUUAUUAGAACUAACUAAUUUUAUCGUUUUCGGUCUAUUUUAUUUAAACUCACCAGCACAAUUAACCCACCUUGUAUUUCUUUAAAUUUGCAGAAAUUGCCAAUCUUGGAACACAUUUUGUGAAAGUUAUGGUGAAAACUACCUUUGAGAAAAAGAAAACAAUAAAAUUAUUGAAAAAAAGUCGUUUAUCAAGGGAUGCGUAGCAAAAAUCCAAUGUUUGAAAAUCUUCGAAGGAAAUUCAAACAAUUUUGAAAAUCAUGGUCUAAUUUAAAAAAAUAUAAGUACUAAUAAAGGCCGUCUCUGGCCCUUAGGACUUUUUGGAGCUGAUUCGGAAAUCCUUUCAUGAUAUCCUGGAUAUCUGAUUGUGAGAUAUUGUGCCACUCCUCUACCGCAGCCGUCUUGACUGCGUUUGAAUCAUGAUGAAACUUGAAUCACGACCUCAUUAUGGUACUCACAGGUGGAUCUUGAGGUAUUGCAACGUGCAUUGUCAUGCAUUAAUCCAAAGUGUUCACCAAUGAACGGGCGAAAGGCAUGCCAUGGUCUUCUGGAUAACUUCUUCCACGUAUCUAUGAGCAUUCACACUGCCUCUAUCGAACACAACAAGAUCAGUACGAGUUUCGUAAGAGGUACCUCCCCAAAUUAUUAUUGACCCUACUCGGUAAGCCACUGUUUCGGUUAUAGUGCACGUAGGAAACCUUUCAUUUUGACGCUGACGUUCAUCUGGACCUCUUAGGGCUAUUCUACUUUCAUCUGAGAACAGUAUGUUCUUCCAUUCCGCCACAAUCGUCAGCAUAAUCUCGCGCAAAACAAAGUCUAACUCUACGGUGUUGUGGGAGCAGUUAUGGGGCGCGAACUGGACGGAAAGCCUUCAAAUUUUUUUCUGACAGUCUUCUAAUGGUACGUUCACUCACACUAACAUUUCUCACCUCAAAAAGACGCGUAGGAACUUCGGGAGCCGUGCAAAAGCGAUUUCUCAACACGUUGCUGACAAUGAAGCGGUCAUCUUGAAUUGCAGUACAUAGAUGUCGGCCUCGAUCUGGCCUGAGGGUAUAUGAACCUGUCUCUCGAAAUUCCUGUACCCAGCAUCAGCUAAAACCACUGCCCUAGCUGCAUCAGUUGCAAAGAGUGGCAUUUUUUAUAACCACAAACAAUAAUCAAACCGUAAAAUCUCAAAUUAAACAAUAGUCCCACACUAUGACAUAAAAUAACAGCAAAUGUUAACUAGGUAACACAAUUGCAACAAUGUCGUUCAACGAUUAGAUUCCAAAAACCCUUCAGUGACAUAAAUUUAGGAAAUAAACUGAAUAGUGUUUCAUUUUUGCCAAUGUACCCACUCGACAGAGCACGAAACAGUUGAUAAGCCAUAGUUAAUGUAAAUAAACAGGGUUAAUUGUUCCGGUGAGGUAUUUUAAAACAAUUUUUUUGGUAAUAUAAAAUUUCUGUAGUGAUCUACAAUACUGCUAGCACAUUGCAGGAAGGCCUUGCUAUUUAACAAAUAAUAGGUACCGUGUUAAAUGUUACUAUCCUAAAUUAUUAAUAUCGUUUAGUUUUCUUAAUGUCUUUAUUGGAUUUUUAGUUUGUUUAGGGUUUAUUCAAUUUUUUAUUUUAAAAAUAUUAGUAUCGGAUUUUUCAUUCUAUGUUGUCAGGUGUAGCCUCUGGCAAGUUCAGAACAAUUUAAAUAUCUGUUAAUAUACUACUUACAAUGCCACUUAUAUAUUUUCAGACAUGUUAAAAUGACAAUUUAAAGGUUAGAUAAAAUAUAAUAUUUAAUUUUGCUUUUGCAAACGCUUACUACGUUAGCUACGUGUUAUUUUAAUUAAUUUUACUUAUUUAAACUGACCAUAAGAGUACCUGAUUCAUUUUAGAAAAUCUUGUAAAUAAAACAGUUUCAUUCACAGUCGUGAAUAAAACAGUCGAUACACGUACCGCUUUACAUUAAAAAAUAUUUAUUUGUUUAUUUUCUACGGAAAAUUUUUCCGAUUGAAUCUAAAAAUUUAGAGGCUUUUUUGUGGCUGCUGAUCUAAGUACCUGACGAUAAUUUUAUAAAGAAAAUAAGAAAUAAAAAAGAAAAUAAGUAGUUGAAAAAAAUUUUUCUCUCAAAAUAGGUUAAUUUCUGAAUUAAGUUAGAAAACCACGCCCAUGAUCAAAUUUCCUCAAUGAUACCACAAACAACUUCUCAAAGUUCUCUAAACGUCGUAACGAGCUGACUGUUAAAGUCCAAGCUUCCACGCCGUAUAGUAGUACACUAUAUACAUAACAUUUUAUCAUGCGGUAUCGUAAGGACAAAUCAAGAUUACGGGUAGUGAGUAACUGUCGCAUCUUUAAGAAGGUGUUUCUUGUCUGUUCUAUUCUACAUUUAACCUUUUGUUCUUGGUCUAAGGUUUCAUGUAUCCAACAGCCUAGAUACUUAAACUUUUUCACUUGUUCAACUAGAUUGUUAUUGACUAGUAUGUUUAUAACUGGAGGUUAAUCAACAAAAUAAAACUACAUAAAUUCAAACACAAGUUUAAAUGUUAUGUUAUUUUGAGCUUUUUAGUCAUUUAAAGAUUAGUAUUUACAAAUAGAAAGUUUUUAAUCAAUUUUAAUGAAUAUACGCUCCGAUUACUAAUGUUUUUUCAAUUCUUUUUUUUUUAAUUAAAGAAGUUUGCAACAGUGAAUAUAUUUCAACUAUUAUUAAGGUGUGGCAGGAAUUUUUGUGUUGUGUGUUUCCUACAUUGACUCUGUCAAGAAAUAUAUUCACCAAGUACAACACAAAAACCAAAAAAUAAACCAAAUUAAGGACAAACUGUUAGAUAAAAUCCGACACUGAUAUUGAUACUGGAUUAAAAUUAUAAAAGAUGCUUACUUUUCACAGUAAGACAAUUAUACAUUAAAAACACCCUGUACUUGUAAGUAGCGUAAUAUCUUUGAGAAUACUCACGUAUAGGUUGAUUGCAUUUUUAUUUAUCUGUGAUAAGUAUUACGUAUUUUCCUUUAAUGUUAUUUAAUAUUUCGUUUAUAUUUCACGUAUAUAGGAUAGGAGUUUUAAGCUAGAUUUUUGUUAUGUUUGAAUUUUAGUUAUCAAAUGUAGGUUAGCUUACAAGUCGUAUAUAAUAGCUAGUUGGUGUAGCUUAAUACACAUUGUUUUUAGAAGAUAUUUUGGUUCAAACACUUAGUUUGGGAUGUCUUUGGAUCAAACAGCUAAUUUAACUUAUAUCCAAAUUUGGAAAAACGCUUUUUUGAAGAAUGUUUGUAUUUUCAUUGUAUAAUAAAUCUUUUUAAAUC